AGCUUGAAGCUCAGCUUGCCGUGGCUCAAGAGACGGACUGCAGCCUAGAGCGCGCAGGAGGAGAUGCUGAGCAGCUGGGCAAGGCGGGUGCUGGGUGCAGAAGUUGAGAAGGCACCCACCGCAGAUGUUGAGCCAUCGCAGCCACCGAAAUUGCCAGUGGCGUCUCGAGCUUUGAGGAUUGACGAUGGUGACGAGAGCGACAAGGCCUCUGAAGCAUCUCUCUCCCAGCUCUCCCCUUUGAGAGGUGCCGAGACGCCCGGCUCACGACGUCAUGGAAGUGAGUGCAAUCCCUGUGCAUGGUACUGGAAGCCCCAGGGCUGCUUGAGAGGCAGUGAAUGUGGAUAUUGUCAUCUUUGCCCAGAGGGCGAAGUGAAGCUUCGGAAAAAAGCGAAGUUGGCUGCUAUGCGAGGUGGAGCUACUCCUUCAUCGACAUCCAGCAUGUCGCCAUCAAAAGCUAAGGAUGAGGCAGAGACAGAGGCGAUGCCAGAUCGGCAACCCUGCAUGUCCGUGGGAGCUACCUUGCAUGGGACCGGCGAAUGUAAGCCUUGCGCAUGGUUCUGGAAGCCAAAAGGUUGUCAAAAUGGUGAAGAGUGCCGGCAUUGUCAUAUGUGUCCCCAAGGGGAGAUUCGCCAGCGCAAGAAAGCUAAAGAUAGGAUUGCCAAAGAAGAAGAUGAGGAGUUGGAUGGAUCGACGCGUCAAAUGCCCAUGGAGCCACUGAAAGUGGAGAUCUCUGGAUUUGAGUGUGGGACCCUGGGCUUAGCCCAAGGAGGUGUUCAGGAACCUCAAAAGGUGGCACCAUCACCGACUUCACACAUUCCAGAUUCUAUGAGCAUUGCGCCGCCGCCUGGUUUGGCUCCAGCGGAGAGUGUGCCAUCCUUGGGCUCAGCUGCGCAUGGAACUGGCCUUUGCCGCCCAUGUGCUUGGUUGUGGAAACCUGGCGGAUGUCAGAAUGGCUCUGAGUGUCGUCAUUGUCACCUUUGUCCCGAAGGUGAGUUGAAGGCCAGGAGGAAGGUGAAAGCUGAACUCGCAAGGCAAGAGUCACUGGAGCAGGAGAUCCUCUCUUCGCCCUUAGCUUUGAACUUGGCACAGCUGUUGGAUGAGGACGAUACGAAGCCUACUGACCCUUUCAUGAUGGGGGAAGGUGCGGACGAUGCAGCCCACAUUUUCCCUUCCGAGGGCUCCAAACUUCAUGGAAGCGGCUUUUGCAGGUCUUGUGCUUGGUUCUGGAAACCCAAGGGCUGUGAGAAUGGAUAUGCUUGCCGUCAUUGCCACCUUUGCCCACAGGAAGAGAUCAAGAAUAGGCGCAAAGCAAAACAGAUGAUGAUGCAAAACGAGGGCAGCCCUAUGAUGUGGCCAGGCUCCACAUGGACACCUCUUUCAGGAGUGGACUCCAUGGUAACGCAAACGCCAGCGUCGAUGUUUCCGGGCAGUGAGCUAUCCGAUCCCUCUGUUCUGACUCCGUUGGACCUUGGAACUUCUCCAAUGCAAAGUUGGGACUGGGAUGCUUUUGGAGCUUCUCCAGUUUCGCCUGAGUCCCCAAAAUUUGCCAUUGAGCUGGCGAAUUGCCUGCCCGUGCCGUCUACAGGAUCGGUGCCGCAUGGCACUGGAAAGAGCAGGGGGCCCCAACGAGUCCCACGAGCCAAGCCAAGACGAACAGCAGAAUAAGGCAGUGGCACCCACCGCAGGUUCUUAGGUUGGAG